CGGCUUUUAUUGACUUAAGACCGAGAAAUGAGCCCCGAGGUUAACUGAAUCGCCGGGAGUGCGGAACCGGCGCAUCCCUCCCGGGGAAGCCAGUCUGGUUCCACAAGGGAGGGCAGGACGAGGAGGAAGGCUUCUCCGCCGGGGGCUGAGCGCUCUUUCCCUCUAGUGUCCUUAGCUGCCCCCGUUCCCAGCAUCCGCCGUUCAUUUGCCGCCUUCCAACGCGUGACCCCGGCGCGCUCGCGUCCUGAGCCGGUGACAGGCGCGGGGUGCGCCGAGAGGUCCCAUGUGCCCCCUCCCUCUCCUGGCUGCCGCAGUCGCCGCGUCCCGAAUCCCGCUCCGGCUCCUCGGCAGAGGACUUGCCACCGCCGCCGCCAUGUCUGCCGCCGGGCGACUCAAAACCGUGGACUACGAAGUGUUCGGGAGAGUGCAGGGUGUUUGCUUCAGAAUGUACACAGAAGGUGAAGCUAAGAAAAUAGGAGUGGUUGGCUGGGUGAAGAAUACCAGCAAAGGCACUGUGACAGGCCAAGUGCAAGGCCCCGAAGAGAAAGUCGAUUCCAUGAUGUCCUGGCUGUGCAAAGUUGGAAGUCCUAGCUCUCGCAUUGACCGCACGAACUUUUCUAAUGAAAAAUUCAUUUCUAAGCUUGACUACUCAGAUUUUAGUAUUCGAUACUAAUAGAAGAGAAAUAAAAAUUUUAAUGCUUAUAAUGCACAACACUAGAUAUUCUUAAGUCUGUAUUAGAAUAUUAAUAGAGUGAGUUCAAAAAGGAACUUUCUGUUCUGAAAGGUACAACAGAAUGUGUUACUAAAAAUGUCUGACACAAAUAGUUUUACUCAAGUAUGUUUUUAAAAAGUAAAAACUUCGCAUUACAAAACAUUUAAUAUGCAUAUUUAAACUUGCUAAUGGAAUCUUUAAGUCUAAUGAAUGUUCUAGCAAACAUGUUAUUUGGCUAGGCUUAAAAUAAAGCUAACCAUUUAAGGAU